AUGGCUUCUGUUGGAUCUGCUAUCUUGAGUGUACCAACCACUCACCAAGACCUCGAUAACUACUUUGUGUUGUUGUCGACAUACGUCUCCAUCUUAUACCGUUUUACCAACGUUGACGACAUUGUCUUUGCCUUGUCGAAUUAUACCACUAAAUCACACUCAUAUAUCAGAUAUAAUGUCCCAGAAACACCGUUGUCUUUCAGUGAAUUGUACAAAGCCCUACAAUCUCUGAUUAAAGAAUCACAAUCUUUCCAGGAUUCUGAAGCAUUGACUCAUCAUUUGAAGAAAAACGUCGAAUUAUCCUUCAGUCAGUUGCGUGACUUCAACAAUUAUUCCUUCAACAUUGUUGACUCUGAUGACACUGCUAUUACCGCCACAGAAUUGUUUGAAUUUGCCAUCAACUACAACAAAUCUUCUGGUAAAUUCAUUAUGGUUUACAACAAAGCUAAAUAUUCCGAGGAAAGAGUUUCCAGUUUGAUAGAACAAUUUUCUCAAUUCCUUAAUAUCGUCAUUGAAGACUCAACCUCCAUUAUAACCAGAGUCCCUCUUUUGACCUCAUCACAGAUUAGUCACUUACCAGAUCCAACCAUUGAUCUUGAUUGGUCCGGCUAUGUUGGUGGUAUUCAUGAAAUUUUCGAAAGAAACGCCAAACAAUGGCCAGAAAGAACAUGUGUUAUUGAAACCAGUGAUCUACAAGGCUCAAAUAAUAGAGUGUUCACCUACCAGCAGAUUAAUGAAUCUUCAAACAUGAUUGCCCAUUAUCUUGUUGAUAACGGUAUCAAAGUCGGCGAUAUCAUCGCUAUUUACUCGUAUAGAUCUGUCGAGUUAUUGAUCUGUGUCCUUGGUAUUUUGAAGGCUGGGGGUACCUUCUGCGUCAUUGAUCCAGCAUAUCCACCAUUUAGACAAAACAUUUACCUUGAUGUUGCUCAACCAGCCGGUUUAAUUGUUAUUGGCAGAGCUGGAGAACUUGACAAUGAAGUUGAAUCAUUUAUCGAUGAUAAACUAGAUUUGAAAGCAAGAUUAUCAAAGGUCGCUUUACAAAAUACUGGGGUUCCAACUGGUGGUGUGGUCCCUGGUACAUCUACCGAUUGCUUGGACCAGUAUCUCAAAGUUAAAGAUCAAGGUACUGGAGUUAAGGUUGGUCCUGAUUCUAACCCAACUUUGGCAUUCACUUCUGGUUCUGAAGGUUUGCCAAAGGGUGUUCUUGGUCGUCACUUUUCUUUGGCCUAUUAUUUCUCAUGGAUGGCUGAACGUUUCGAAAUGUCGGACAAAGAUAACUUCACAAUGUUAUCUGGUAUUGCACAUGAUCCAAUCCAACGUGAUAUGUUCACUCCAAUUUUCUUGGGUGCUAAAUUAAUUGUCCCUACUGCUGAUGAUAUUGGAACUCCAGGGAGAUUGGCCAAGUGGAUGCAAGUCAAUGAUAUUACUGUGACUCAUUUGACGCCUGCUAUGGGUCAAGUUUUGGCUUCGCAAGCAGUGGAUGAAGUUCCAACUUUGAGAAACGCCUUUUUUGUUGGUGAUUUGUUGACUAGAAAGGAUUGUUUGAGAUUACAGAGUUUGGCUAAAAAUGUUCAUAUUAUUAAUAUGUACGGUACCACUGAGACUCAAAGAGCCGUUUCCUAUUUCUUGGUGAAGAGUUACAAUGAAGACAAAGACUAUUUGUAUACUUUAAAAGAUAUUGUUCCUGCUGGUCAAGGGAUGAAGAAUGUUCAAUUAUUGGUGGUCAACCGUUAUGACCCUACCCAAACUUGUGGUAUUGGUGAAGUCGGGGAAUUGUUUGUUAGAGCUGGUGGUUUAGCCGAAGGAUAUUGCAAAUUGCCAGAAAUGAAUGCUAAGAAAUUCUUGAAUAACUGGUUUAUUGGACCUGAAGCUUGGGAAGCCGCCGAUAAGGCUUUAGAUAAAGGUGAAGAAUGGAGAUCGGUUAACUGGAAGGGCCCAAGAGAUAGAUUAUACAGAACUGGUGAUUUGGGUAGAUACUUACCUGAUGGUAAUGUCGAAGUGACCGGUCGUAUUGAUGAUCAGAUCAAAAUUCGUGGUUUCAGAAUUGAAUUAGGAGAGAUCGAUACUCACGUUUCUAAGUUCCCUGUGGUUCGUGAAAACAGAACUAUUGUCAAGAAGGAUGAAAAUGGUGAAAAUUACCUUCUCAGUUUCUUGGUUUUGAAAUCCGAAAAUGCUUCAAUCGAGGAAGAAUAUUUAUCUAAUAAGUUUGAUUCCCUUGACUUCAGCGCUGUUAAAGCGAACGAAGAUCUCAGAACAGACUUGGUUAAGUCUUUAGCCAAGUAUCAUAAAUUGGCCACCGGAUUGAAGAAAUUUUUGGCUACCAGAUUGGCCAAUUAUGCCUUGCCUUCAAUUGUUGUUGUUUUACCAAAGUUUCCAUUGAAUCCUAAUGGUAAAAUUGACAAAAAUAAACUCCCAGUGCCAACUUCUGAAGAAUUGGCCAGUGCCGCUAAAUUCCUUUACGAAUUGGACGACGGUGCUUCUUCUGCUUCUGCUGACCAAUUCAACGAAACCCAAUCAAAGAUUAAACAAAUCUGGUAUGAUAUAUUGCCUACCAAGCCAAUCAUUAAUCAUCUCAAUGAUUCUUUCUUUGACUUGGGUGGUCAUUCCAUCUUGGCCACAAGAAUGAUUUUCCAAAUUAGAAAAGAGUUCAAUGUUGAUUUGCCUUUGGGGACUAUUUUCAAACACCCUACUAUUGAAGCCUUUGCUGCCCAAGUUGAAAACAAUGGUGCCACUGAGGAAGCCUCUGCUGUUUCUCAGCCUGCAAACGGAGAAUCAGAAUACUUCAAGGAUGCCAAGUAUUUGUCUACCUCUAGAAUCGCCGGCAAUUACCCAACUCCAGCACCUUUUACUCCGGGCUCCACGGUCAAUGCAUUCAUUACUGGUACUACUGGUUUCUUAGGAUCAUUCUUGAUCAAACAAUUCCUUAAUUUUAAAUCUUUGGACUUUACCGUGUAUGCCCAUGUUCGUGCAAGCUCUGAACAAGCUGGCUUCGAAAGAUUGGUCAAAUCACUUAAGUCUUAUGGUAAUUAUGAUCCAUCAUUUGAAUCACGUAUCAAGAUUGUUGUUGGUGACUUAGCUACCGAUAAAUUUGGAUUGGAAGAUUCAGCAUGGAAAAAGCUCAAUGAUGCGGUCGACGUUAUAGUUCAUAAUGGUGCCAUGGUCCAUUGGGUGUAUCCUUAUGAAAAGCUCAGAGAUUCCAAUGUCAUUAGUACUAUCAAUGUUUUCAACAUGGCUCUAGUUGGUAAACCAAAGGUUUUUGAGUUUGUCUCAUCUACUUCUACCAUUGACACAGACCAUUAUUUCAAUUUAUCCGAUAAAUUGGCCAGCGAAGGUAAGCCUGGUCUUCCAGAAUCCAAUGAUUUGAUGGGAUCCAGUAGUGGAUUGGGUACUGGUUAUGGUCAAACCAAAUGGGCUGCUGAAUACAUUAUCCGUAAAGCAGGUGCCAAUGGUCUCAAGGGUCACAUUGUUAGGCCGGGGUAUGUUACCGGUGCCUCUAAUAAUGGCGCCAGUAACACCGAUGAUUUCUUAUUGAGAAUUUUGAAGGGAUGUAUCGAAAUUGGUGCUUUACCAGAAGAUGUGGAUAAUACCACUAAUGCAGUUCCAGUUGACCAUGUUGCAAAAAUUAUCUUAUCUACCACCGUCACCUCAUUGCUUGGUGAAGACAAGGGCAUCAAGGUUGCCCAUGUUACUGGUCAUCCAAGAAUCAAACUUAAUGAUUAUUUGGAUACUGUGAACCACUAUGGCUACUCUGUUGAUAAAGUCAAUUAUGAAUCUUGGAAGACCAAAUUGGAACAAUAUGUUAGUGAUUCUAGUAAUCCAGAAUCUGCGUUGUUCCCAUUGUUGCACAUGGUGUUGGGUGAUUUGAAGGCUGACACAAGAGCUCCAGAAUUGGAUGAUGCUAAUACAAUUGAAGCUUUGAAAUACACUGCCAAACUCAGUGGUACUGAAUUCUCAGUAAAUGCUGCCGGACAAGGACUCGAUUUGAAACAGUUGGGCGUUUACAUUAGCUACUUGGUGCAAAUUGGGUUCUUACCAAAACCCUCUGCAACCAAUAACUUGCCAGCGGUGGAAAUAAAUCCAGAAACUCUUAAACUUGUUUUAGCCGGUGCUGGUGGUAGAGGUAGUGCUGCCAAAUAA